CUACAGAAUCAUUAACCACUGGACUUUCAUCUGAAUCAUCUACUGAAGAAACUACAGAAUCAUUAACCACUGGACUUUCAUCUGAAUCAUGUUCUGAAGAAGCUACCGAAUCACCAACCACUGGACUUUCAUCUGAAUCAAAUACUGAGGAAACUACCGAAUCAUCAACUACUGAACUUUCAAUCAGCCAGUCUACCUUAUUGUCAAGUGAAUCGAGUGAGGCUACCGUGUCCAAUGAUCCAGAUCAAGUUUCGUCAAACGUAGAAAAAUCAUCUUCAGACAAAACAACCCCAUCAAGUCUUAGUGCAUCCUUAACUUUCACCAAAACAGUUACCAUUUCUAGUGGAGAUUAUUACACCACCAUUACCACCACAUUUACUGCAGCAUCAUCUGAAAGUGAUCAGGAAGCUACAUCCUUGAAUCCCUUAAGAACCACUUUAGAGACAAUAACAACUUCAUGCGCAGAGGAGAAUUGUGAAAAAGAUGCUAUGUCAACAACUUCCAAAUCAUAUUCAGAUGGAGAUAGAAAAGAGCCAGAUAGCGUAGGAAACGGGAAUGCUAGCAAUAAUGAUAACAGAAACUCUAUCAAUUCUGAGGCUGGUAGAACUGAUGGCAAGGAAGGUGAUGGUAAUGUUAAUUCCUUAAGUGGCACUGGUUAUACUGAAUCCAUUAAAGGUACUCCUGCUGGUAACGAUAACGACAAGCAAACUUCAGUCCAAGAAUUUACAACAGAUGCCACGAAUAAUUCUGAAACCUCUAGUGGAUGGGAUAAGGUGCCGGAACCAACAUUGACUUAUGAAGGUUCAGCUAAUCCCACUGCACAUUCCAGUAUAAUUCUUAGUUUAGUUGCAGUGUUUGCGGGUUUCAUGAUUUGA